AUGACUGAUAACCAAAAUGUUGAAGCGGCUUAUGAUGGAAAAAGCUUGAAGGAAUUAUGGAGGGAAGCUAACACUUAGGUUUCCAAAACGCAGUUAGUAAAUACAAGCAGCCCAAAUUUGAGAAAAGUACGAUUCGCACUGAAGCAUGCUAAAAUCAACAAAGCAGACGUAGAUACCCGAGGGACUCAACUGAAGAUCCUUCUCACUCUACAAAAGAACCAACUGGUGGUAUCCAAACCGAAAUGGUAUGAUAAAACGAAGAUAGUGGAAGGUUCAGUUUACGCAGGGAAGGACCGAUAUGCUUCUGAAAUCAUCGGGUUUUAUCUCUCGAUGAUAUUAAAGAAACAUUUGUGUUCUAUAAGCGUAGAAAGGCAAAUAUCGCUCAAGAACGAUGUUCUACCUGUUGCCACGAAUAGUUUGCUAGAAACUGACCCGGUAUGUGAUAACAAUUUGUAUUUGAGUGGGGCUGUGAUUUUUAACUUCAACGCAACUGUGGCUACUCAUAGGUCUCCUUGGCAGAGGACGUAUAAGAAAGGAAAAUAAGCUCUGUGGCAGGUGUUCCCUGGAAGCUACUGUAAGACAGUCAAAGAAAGAAUAUCUGAAAAACGCUUACAUGACCUAAUAGAUAUAUCCAUUUUUGAUUUUCUUAUACAAAACGGGGACAGGCACCAUUACGAAACUAUCGAUGAUACUGUGCUUUGGCCAGACAAUGGUGAAGGAUUAGGGAACCCAAAUACCUAUCACAUCGAUAUCCUAGCCCCUCUGUACCAGUGUUGCAUUUUGAGAAGAGAAACCUGGAAGACUCUUUUGAAGUUGACAGAGAGAACUAUUAGGAAACAUCUGGAGAUGAUCCCUGGUGUCAAAACNUUGCGUAUGGGUGGUCUUGCUGGUUUGCGCUAA